AUGGCAAUCAAUACUGUACUCGACGAACCUGAGCAAGCCGAAUUGAUAGUCAAGAACACUAUUCCAGAUGCUAAUGCAUUUGAUUACUUGAGUGACGAAGAUGACUCCUCCAGUAUUGGGGAUGAAGAAGACAACAUUGUAGACGAGGAAAACGAUAUUUUCAAUAAUUUCUUUGAUAUUGAAAUGAACAGUAAUCCAGUUUUCAAUGCAUUCUCUGACAUGUUUUCUUCUGCUGCUGCUGCUGAUGAGGUAUCAAUGACUGAUAAUGACUCUGAGAUCCUGGAAGAAGUCUUUGAGACAAUUGGCGCUGUAAAUGACCAUACAAGCUGUUAUCCUUUUUGUGAUCUUCAAACCAUGAUCCUUUUUGCUUUUAUCGAUGGGAAUAAUGAUAUGAUCUCCCAGCAAAUGUUGAAGAAGAUACUGCUUGCAAUGAACUUGAUCAUUAAGAUCCAGCAAGAAACUCCCAUAAGAAAAACAUUUAGGUUACCUCGUUUGGAUGCUCUUUUAAAUUAUCAGGCAAGAAAGAAGUCCAAGAUGUCUGUCUUUCCUUCACAAAGAAUACCAGUACCUGGAUCAAACGGGAAUGCAUUUGUCCACAUUAACCUUCCAUCCGACCACUUGAGAUUUCUUAUGGCAAACCCAAAGAAAUGCAAGUUGAUCUUGUCCAUGCCCAAUCGUACCCCAAACCAAUCGAUCUGUUUGGAACAAGAUGAAAAGUGGAGAACCCACCAUCUCUUUCAGCAGCCUAUGCACACUGUAAAUGGUAUAGAUGUCUGGUUUGGAAACAUCAUUUACUUGAAGACAAACAAUUGCAGCAUCCGCUUUUUGGUUGAAUCGUUCCACAUGGCAAAUAAAAACAUUUUUGCAAGAGGGUAUCUGGUCAGAGCGAUUUCGAUUGUAUGCUAUGGCAUUGAGGUUGCUGUUACCAAUCUUAGAGUAGAGCAGAUCUCUCAUGUUGACACCACUCCUGUUGAAAGAGAUCACUACUACAGUAUCUCAAGUAGCCUUACCAGAUUGAGUCCUGCUCAUGACUUUCUUCUUUUUGGAGUUCAUCCAAUGAAGAAUCAUAUGCCUCUUUCUGUUUUGCCUGGUAAUGUAGAUCGCGAUGCAGUAUUUUACAAAGUUAGGGUUGUUUCAAUCAUCUUUUUUACAGACGGCACUUCCAGCAAUCAUUCAAAGCAGUACAAUCCGUUUGAAAGCUGGUUAAUGAGAUGUGCUGCCUUGCCUUUUAAGGAUCAAAAUUCGAUAGCAAACAUCCAGUUUCUUUCUACAAUCCCUAAGAAAGAUGGUGCAAAUGGUAUGUCUCUUCUGCCAGCAAUUGUUGAUGACUUUAAGAAACUUGAGAAAGGUGUAAAAAUGUUCUCCGCUGAAGACAAUGAGUAUGUUCUGGUUGUUGCUCCCAUCCUUUGGAUUGAGGCUGACACACCAUGUCAUUCAGAACUUUGCGGAUUGCUUGGGCUGGUCACCACAUUUCCUUGCAGAAGAUGCUACAUCAAACUUAGACGUGCAAAAGACUUUGUGAAGGACUUGUCCUACUUCUACACUGAGAUCCCAAAUGCUCUGAAAAUUAGAAUGAACAUGCCUGCAAACAAGAUAAGCUUUAGAGAUCAUUUGACUGGCCGCUUAUUAGAAUUGCAGUCGUUUGAUCCAGAAAAGAAUACACCAGUGGAAAUCCUCCACACGAUACUUCUUGGUGUUGCAAAGUAUAUGGUGAUUGCCUUGGUUAAGGUCGUGCUUAAGAAUGACACAGUCACAAUAGCAAGACUUUCAGAAUUCUUGACAGAUUACAUGCAAUCAACUGGUCUAUCAAGAAAGUUUAUCCAAAACUUGAGACAUAGUGGUUCAUUCCUCGGUAGAGAUUUCAAGGUUCUGCUUCAAAUACUUCCAGUAAUUCUAAUUACAGAAUUCUCUGGAAAUCAUGAGCUAGACCUUGUAAUACCAUGCUUUGUUGAACUUGGCCAAUUGUGUUCUCUGACUUUGAUUAACUAUAUUAUCAGAGUAGAUAAUGCAGUGAAGCACUUGAUCAGAGCAUUGUUUGACUGCAAUAAAGGAACCAAGAACGAGCUCCACAAGGCAUAUUGCAUCAAGCCAAAAGUUCAUUACUUGACACAUCUCAAGGAAGAUAUAAUUCGUUUUGGCCCAGCCCUCAAUUAUGAAACAGAAAAGGGCGAACAGUUCAAUAAACACAUUUGCAAACAUCUGUUUCAUAUGAAUUGCCAAAACACUUCCAGGGAUGUUUGCCUAAAGUUUGCAAAGCAGGUAGCAUUGCAACAUAUUAAUAGUUCUGGCAACCGAGAGAAGUCUGGGACUGGAAUAGAGAGGUUCAUUAAGGACAACAACGAUACUGGAGAUAUUGAAGAUGAUGCCAUCCAAAACAACAGUUUUGGCGUGUUUGUUUUUAAAGAUGAUCCAAUCUCUUGCCCUCGUAUAAGACUUGUUUCAAGCUCUGUUUGUUAUCACGUUGCUCUGAUUAAGGCUCAGAUAGGAUCGAUUACCUGA